AUGUCUUCUGAGGAUGUUCCAUCGCCAUCCCAACCCAAACCCUCCACUUCAAGCUUCGCCGAUGUCUUCAAGACGUUAGGGGUUGGCCGUCCAAAGUCGCAGUCCCCGAUUUCCCCGCAAGAUAGCAGCUUGCAUUCUCCGUCGCUCGCAACAGAAGGACGCAGAGGCAGUAGGGUUACGUUCGGGUUUGAAUCAAUGCAGCAGCAGCGUGGCAGCCUCGUCUCCAACUCCUCGGAUACUUCGAGUGGGCCGGACUUGGAUGCUUCUAUCAGGGCUAUCGCGCAGCAGAACCUGCCGCUUGCGAUCGACGAGGCGGAGAAUUUAUCAAGAUCCAUUCAGCGGUUCACUUCGGAGCAGUCGAUUUCAUUAUGGGAAACUGGAGCAUAUUUACUUCGCGGAAGCACGCCGGACGCUCGAAGGGCUGGGUCGAAGUUAUUGGAGGCAGUUGCGGCCCGUCAAGAUCUGUCUCCAGCGGCCAAGCGCGUUGUCUUUGAAGCUAUAGCCUCCCCGUCAGAGCCCGAUGUCAUCCCGGCACGCAUCCUGUCAUUGAUUUCGUUGUCAGAUCAUGGUAGGAAGCUGGAGUUCACUGGCUCAUCUGUCUUACCGAUAGUCUCGUCAUGUCUCGUUCCAUUGUAUGAAUCAAUUUCGUUGGUGCGGUCCAGGGCAAGGAAGGGUAAAGUGGCCAAAAUGGGCUCACUAAACGAAGACGAAGCAAAUUUUGCAGAACUGUUCCAGUUCGCAGUGGACCUAAUUACCCUUCAACGCUGGCCUCCCAGCGGCGAAGAGAUUGAGUCGCUGCUGGAGCAGGUAUUCAUUGUCUGCAAGAGGACAGUUGUCGCAUCUGAUAUUAAAAACUCCCUUGCCGUGUUCGAUGCCGUUAUUCUGUACGCCGAUGUUCCUGAUGGGAGUUUCGUUCCCUUACUGGAGGUGUUCUGCAGCAUUCACGCUUCAGUCAGGUCGCUUUCAGGACCCACAUCCAGAGCUGUUCGUAACCUGGCAAGGUCUCGCAAACAGACGCAGAUGGUCAAUACUCUUCAUUCAUUUCUACUGAAUUUCUUUUCCGAGCAAGGACGAAAUCUUAACGUUUUACGAGGGGCCAUAUACAUCUUUACUGACCUUGUUCGGGCACACGGUCAAGACGGGAUGCCGCGACUCUCCUUUGAACAGUUGAUAGACUCUCUGGAAGUUGUUGCAAAGAAGGACGACGGUCGGAUCGAGGCUGAUAUUCUAGAACUCUGCUUAAGUGCACUAGAAGGAGAAUUCUCCAACAUUUCCUUAGCGAAGGAUUGGUCCAAGUUUGUUGGUAUUCUAAUUACAUGCUCUCGCAGAAUCAUCGUCGAGCCAGACCUGCCUUCUUCGACACCCAGCGCAGUGCCACCUCACCCAAUGUCGAGGACGGCAGCACUGGAUGAUACAAAAUCGCAUAUUUUAGCAAAUGUCGUUCGAAUAGCUGGUGUUAUCGAAACUCUCUGGGAGCAGUUGGAGAGGCAGCAACGACUAGAAGCUGGUCGAUUUCUAAUGGAGGUCUCUCAGCACAUCGAACCAUCCCAAGCUGACCUGGUGAUCAAUCUAAUAAGGGCUGAAAAGCUCUGUUAUCCUGAGAAGCUCGAGUGGGUUUCUUGCUGUCAGAAGCUGAUCUUUUCUUUCCUUCGUUCUCGGACAAAGGCCUCAGACAUCCGUAUUCUGGCCCUUGACACCCUGAAAGAGGCUUUUACCAAUUACGAGCCCUUCGUUCUCUUUCAAGAAAAAGGUCUUAUUAACCUGAUGCUCCAAAACUUUUCUGACGAGGAUGAUCUGUUAUACUUGGAGUCACUGGUUUCUUUCAUAGUCGAACUUUCUAUUCUCACAAAAGACAAGACAACAUUCACGUUUUUGGUCGAUACUCUUUGCUCCCCGAUGAACAAAGAUCUGAACCGAGAUGAGUCGCAGUAUCCAGACUCUCCCUUGCAGACUUCUCCACGACGACAGUCAGCAGCGAGUGUCCUGGAAUUAUCAUUGGCAAACGUGUGCUCUGUUGGACUUGUUAAGAUAUUUCUACGCUCUUUGAACUUGUCAGCAUAUAAAGCUGCUCUGGUUUUUGAAGCGUUGAUGUACAUUGCACGAUCCCUGGACCGGCAUACUGAUUCCCGUCUAACGGUUUUAAAAUUAUUAUUCCGGCUUCGAUGCGAUUCAACAGGUUCAAUUACAGUUAUCUCCCCUACUGAGAAUGACUUCCUCGUGAGUGUCUUGGGCCGUACAGUCGAUACCGGCUCUAGACAGACACCUUUCGAAGAUUAUUCUGAAUGCCAAUGGCAGUCAACACCUGCGGUGAAAUUACUCGGGAAAGAACAGCCCGCCAGUUUUCUGUCCAGGUCUGCAAGCCGUGGUUCAAGCUUUAAUAUCCGCCAGUCUAAAGUAACUCCUCCGGUCUGGGCUUACGGCUCGUCGCAUGUUCUCCCAGAAGAGCCACCUAGUAAUGCCAGUCCAUUUGUUUCUGCCUAUUUAACUUCUGUCGUCCCAAACCAAGGAGAGCCAGAAUCUUCGCACAAGGUUGCCUUGAAAAUCAACCUAUGGCUGGAAACUAUCAUCUUGUUGUUACAACGCGAACGUGACUGGGACGUUUACAGCUAUAUAUUGACUCAUCUUGGUGAUCAACUCAGCAAUAGGGCCUUUUUCAGCGCUGCUAUUCCGCAGAUCAAGCUCUUGCGCAGUGUUUUAUGUGACCAGGUGAAAAAUGAAACUUUCCAUGAGCCACCGGUUUGGACGGGGGUUAAAAAGACCGACGUAGCGGUUUGUAUAUUCGAUUCUCUUUCCAUGCUGAUUAGUUACCAUGAGCAUUUCGCCAAAAGUGAAGAAGAUGAGCUUGUCCGUGCGUUCAUGCUAGGCAUAAUUGGAUCUUGGGGAGGCACAACUCGCGGCUGCAUACAUGCACUUUCAGUCUGCUGUCAUGAAAUUCCUCUUUCAGUGACGAAGUCAUUGAACGGGAUCCUUGACAAAAUGGCUAAGGUAAUCACUAUGGCGAACAUGGCGGUUCACAUCCUCGAGUUUCUAGCGUUGCUUGCUCGGCUCCCAGAUGUUUACGUUAACUUGCGAGAGGAAGAGAUCCGUACUGUGUUCGGUAUCUGUAUUCGGUUUCUGCAAACUUCUAGAGAACAACGAGUCAAGGCCUCCGAAGUGGGAAGUACACGCAACCUUCCAGCUGCUACCAGGAAUAGCGCUACUGCCGCUGCCUCUGUGGAACUGCCUGAUUCAUUCGUACAGGAUGCGAUGUCAAGAUACGUCUACACGCUGACUCACCAUGUCAUGAUCUUCUGGUUCCUGUCGUUGAAGUUGCAAGACCGGCCGAAGCAUGUGAAUUGGAUUACUAGCCGACUUAUCUUUGACGAAAAUGGGAAAGAUAUGGUUGAGGAACAGAGCCAGGUUUUCAUCGACUUUAUGCAGAGAGUUGCCUUCUCUGACUUGGGCGAUACCGUACCAUUCGAUACUUUUCCUCCAACCCCUGGUGAUGGCCCUGUUUCGAAGAAAUCGUGGCUUGUUGGCAUGAGUAUUGUCACGGUGGAAACCGCCGGGGUUUCCGGCCUGACCCAGAUCACGAAACGGCAAGCGUCUGGAACAACAUACGCUAUGUAUCAGCAACGGACAGCUCCACUUCUUCCUCAUCAAGUACCUCCGGCGCCUGAUGCUCAUUUACAUCCCGAUGCCAUGCGCACGGCUAUACUUCCAAGCCACGUUAUGCUCCAGCUGUCAACCACUGCGUUUCCUACACCUACGGUAAUGCAGCCUAUUCCACUUCCCGACAAUGAUAUGAUUCGUCGCGCUAUUGGUGCAUUCGAUCGGAACGACAUAGUCGAUGGGCAUAAGAUAGGUGUCAUAUAUAUCGACAAGGGUCAAACGACGGAAGCUGAGAUCCUCGCUAACGCCGCGGGUAGUCCAGACUAUGAAUACUUUCUAUCCGGUCUCGGAACAAAGGUGCCAUUGAAGGGUGCCCGCUUCAACACCCAAGGGCUGCAUAGUGAUAUUGACGGCGAAUAUGCUUAUGCGUGGCGUGACCGGGUAACAGAGAUCGUUUAUCACGUAGUAACAAUGAUGCCCACCGAUUUGGAGCGUGACCCCUCUUGUAUCAACAAGAAACGUCACAUUGGAAACGACUUUGUUAACAUCAUCUUCAACCGGUCAAAUCUUCCAUUUCAGUUUGACACGAUACCAUCUCAGUUCAACUUUGUUAAUAUCGUCAUCAGCCCAGUAUGUCGCCUUGCUUACAAGGAGUCUGGAGCGGUUGAAUGGGGAACUUCCAACUUUGAGAAUCUGUAUUACCACGUGAAAGUGAUGAAUAAACCUGGCUUUCCAGAAAUAUCGCCUGCUGCGGUCUCCAAGGUCAUUUCAGGGAAGAAUCUUCCAGCAUUUAUUCGCAUCCUGGCUUUGAAUGCGUCGGUAUUCUCGCUUGUUUGGAACAGCCAGGAUGGUGAACACAUUUCAUCCUGGCGCAAUCGUUUGCGAGAGAUCAAAAGGCUUCGAGAACGGACUUUGGGGUUACAGUAUCAGAAUUCUGAUGCUACGGCGGAAGGGACCUCCUACCCAGCAUAUCGGCGCAAUACGAAACCUAACAUCCAUUCGGAAGAAGCGACCUCACGCGGUUCAGUGGUGGCACCAGAUUCCGCUAGCGAGUGGAACGCAGCUGCUGGGGGUAACGCUCUUUCUGGCUUGGAUUUCUCCCGAUGGAGCCGUUAG